GGGCGGACUGCGACCCGAGGCAGGGCGGGGUCGAGGCAACUUCGGGCAGGAAGUGGGGGAAGGUCUGGGAUUGCGAGGCCCAGAGGCGAGGCGGAAGCUGGCGGGCCAAGGCGCGGGGAGGAGUCUGCUCUGGGAUGCGCGCACUUGGCGGUUCCUUCCCUGGUGGUACGGAAGGACUGCGUAGGUCGGCUUUUCAGAGCGCAGUUCCCGGUCCACGGACCACAGGGUUUUCUUCCCCCCGGCGCCCCGGUCCAGCUUUGGGGCGCUCUGACCCCAGCCGCUUUUGGCGGUGGCGCCUCCGGAACACAAUGCGCAUGCGCACGCCGAGAGGCUGAGGCCCGCGGCGGAAAGAGGGCUCCGCCUGGCGACUGAGGGCGUGGGUCAGUUUGGACUCGAAGCGGGCCUGGCGGCGCUCUAUCCCUCCCCCUGCUGCUGCGGCUCGCUUCUUCAACUCGCGAGCAUCUGGCGCGCUGUUCUGGGUUUCCACGUGGGCCCGCCCACCGCCGUCUUGAAGCUGUGCCAAGGUACAAUCAACAGUGAUUAUCAUACAGCUGGAAAGAAAGGCAGAGAUAAUGCUUUUUAUUUUAGAUUGGGCAAUUAAGCAGAAACUGCAGUUUUAGUAUGAAGAACGGAGGUGGAAGAACAAGCCGAAUCAGAAGACGAAAACUCUUCACAAGUUCUGAAUCAAGAGGAGUGAAUGAGAGCUACAAGCCUGAAUUUAUAGAGCUUAAGAAGUGGCUGAAAGAUAGGAAGUUUGAAGAUACAAACUUAAUACCUGCUCGUUUUCCAGGUACCGGAAGAGGGCUGAUGAGCAAAACAUCCCUACGGGAGGGACAGAUGAUUAUCUCAUUGCCUGAGAGUUGCCUGCUCACCACGGACACAGUGCUUAGAAGCUACUUAGGGGCGUAUAUUGCUAAGUGGCAGCCUCCUCCAUCUCCUGUGCUGGCUCUUUGCACCUUUUUAGUUUCAGAAAAGCAUGCUGGGGACCGGUCUCCCUGGAAGCCUUACCUGGAGGUUUUGCCCAAGGCCUACACCUGCCCUGUUUGUUUGGAGCCAGAAGUGGUGAAUCUUCUUCCUAGACCUUUGAAAGCAAAGGCCAGAGAGCAGAGAACCCACGUGCAGGAGUUCGUUUCUUCCUCCAGAGACUUUUUCUCUUCCCUGCAGCCUCUGUUUUCGGAGGCCGUCGAGAGCAUCUUCAGCUACAGCGCCCUCCUGUGGGCUUGGUGCACCGUCAACACCAGGGCUGUGUACAUGGAGCGCGCGCCGAGGCAGUGCUUUUCCGCAGAGCCGGACACCUGCGUGCUCGCCCCGUUCCUCGAUCUGCUGAACCACAGCCCUGACGCCCAGGUAAAAGCAGCAUUUAAUGAGGAAACUCGCUGUUAUGAAAUUAGAACAGCUGUGAGCUGUGGGAAACACCAAGAGGUGCUCAUCUGCUAUGGCCCUCACGAUAACCACCGCCUGCUCCUUGAGUAUGGAUUUGUUUCCGUCCGCAAUCCUCAUGCUUGUGUUUAUGUCUCAAAAGAUAUGCUUGUUAAAUAUCUUCCAUCAACAGAUAAACGGAUGAACCAAAAGAUCUCCAUUUUAGAGGAUCACGACUUUAUAGAAAAUUUGACGUUUGGAUGGGAUGGACCGUCUUGGCGGUUGCUCACAGCUCUUAAAUUGUUAUGUCUGGAAGCUGAAGAAUUGACAUGCUGGAAAAAAGUACUUAUUGGGGAAAUAAUUUCAGAUACAAAUGAGAAGGCAAGUUUGGACAUAGCCCAGAAAAUAUGCCAUUAUUUCAUCAAGGAGAGUAAGGCUGUACUUCAAAAGGUUUCUCAUAUGAAAGAUGAAGAAGUGGCUUUGAUAAACCAACUAACUUUGGUAGAAACACUGUGGACAGAAGAGCUGAAAAUUCUCCAGGCCUCUGCUGAGACCCUAACCAGUUUGCAAACAGCUUUUACGUAACUUCACCGAAGUGCAGGUGAUCACCUCCAAUGCUGGGAGCCUGUACUGGCCCACAGGAACCAGACUUCUUUAUCACCAGUAGACCCUCCUUCAGUACAUGACAGCAUGUUUGGCCAAGGUUGACGGACUGGAAAGCAGGAUCCGGUGGACCACCUACAGAAGGAGAUGGAGAAGGAGGUAAGGGCAGGAAUGUUGAGUCCAGUGAGUGAGCCUGAGAACUGUGUGGGUCAGCACCAGGGCGUGAUCUCUUGUUGCCCAUGGUAGUAUCCUCUGGGCACACUGGCUGUAUUGAAAGUAUCAAAGGUGGGCAGGCAGGAUAUAAAAUGCAGCCUCACGAUGGAGAAUCCUAUGUGAUACCGUCACAGUGUGGCCUGUUAUACCACAGUGGAAAAGACGGUCCUAGGUUACAUGCAUCAACGUGGAUAAAUCCCAGUCUUUUAAUCCUAAGCCCAGAAACCAUUCUAUAUAUUUCCAUUCGGAAGGGUUUAGUACAGGAAAUCAGGUCCUACAAAAUUGUUGGAAGGGAUGGGAGGGGGCGAAAUCCAGAGAUGGGGAUGCUCCUCGGAAACCAGAACAUUGCAGGAAGCCACUAUGGCUACCACAGACACCAUCGCUGCCUGAGGAAGAGUGAAAUCCACCUUGUACCACCGUCCACCUAUCGUUGGUCAUGGAACAGAAACCCUGUUGGCAAGAGAUUUUUGGGGAUUGUGGCCCUCAGGCUUCUACUUCCUGUGACAGAGCUGAGAACAAGGGGACAGGAUAGUGUUGAGUGUCCCUAGACAAGAGUAACACGAUGGCGAGUGACAAAGCAACUCCCAGAAGAUUACCUGCAACAUGGUGGGAUCUUAAUUCCCCAACCAGGGGUUGCACCUGGGCCCUUGGCAGUGAGGGCGCGGAGGCCUAACCACCGGACCGCCAGGGAAUCUCAACAUGGUACCAUUUUUAUAAAGCACGAAAUGAAACAACAUGUUGUUGGGCCAUUCACGCAAUGGUUUGCCUGAGCCGGCUUGAACUGACUUGCGAGAUCCAAUAGUUAAAUUUUCAGGAAUUCGGCAAGGCAGUUGUUAAACACAGCUGUUAUUAAAGAUUAAAUUAUAUAAGCUUACAAUAAAAUAAUUACAGCAACAGGAAUGGUAAUAAAUACUCUAACUCAUCACCUCCUAAUGAUCUUACUUAUUUUACUAUUAUCUAUGCUGUUGAGGUUAUUCUAUCUAUUGCGUCUGUAUGGUAAAAAUCCUAUAAACUGGCAUGCUACCAUGAUCUCUUUCCAAUUCAGUGUUCAGUGACAUCACCUUGGUAGCUUGAAAUGGGCCCCUAUUUAUAUGAAAGAAAUUGGCCAGUGCUACAAAUCAGGGCGUGAUUGCUUUGUUGAUUGUCUGGAUAUAACAAAAUGACGGACUAAAUGUUAAUGAUUAACAGAUUAAACUUAAAUGUUUGUCAUGUCUGCGGCUGUUACAUUGUGAAUAGCACAGAAAUUGAGGAAAUAGCCUUCCAGUAUUUGAAAACUAUUAUCCGAUUCAACAAAGAAGUUGCUCACAUAAUUGAUAAAAAAGUGAUUUUCUACCAUGUGUCUCUGUCGUUUUGCUUUCUUCUUACUUGUUUAUGUAAAUGAAAAUAUCAACCAACCUUCAUACUGAAACUACAUUGGUUCAUCUG